AUGGACGGCAGAGCCCCGAGCGCGCAGGACGCCCCGGCGGCGCCCACGCCGCCCGCCGCCCCUGCAGGGAGAAAACCAAAAGCCAAGGCUCCACUUCCUCCAGCUGAGACCAAAUGUGUUGAUGUCUCUUCAGUCGAUGAUUCUGUAGAAUCUGCUGCUUUCAUCAUGGAACAGAAAGAAAACAUGAUAGAUAAAGACAUUGAACUCUCAGUAGUUCUACCUGGGGAUAUUAUCAAAUCUACCACUGUUCAUGGCAGUAAACCUAUGAUGGACUUGCUGAUAUUCCUCUGUGCACAGUAUCACUUAAAUCCAUCAAGUUACACAAUUGAUUUGCUGUCAGCUGAAAAGAACCAUGUUAAAUUUAAACCAAACACACCAAUUGGAAUGUUGGAGGUAGAAAAGGUAAUUUUAAAGCCAAAAACUUUGGAUAAGAAAAAACCGACACCUAUAAUACCAGAGAAAACUGUGAGAGUAGUGAUCAAUUUUAAGAAAACACAGAAGACCAUAGUGAGGGUUAGUCCAUAUGCAUCGCUUCAAGAACUUGCCCCUAUUAUAUGCAGCAAAUGUGAGUUUGAUCCAUUACAUACGCUGUUGUUGAAAGAUUAUCAAUCUCAGGAGCCUCUCGACUUGACAAAAUCUCUUAAUGAUCUGGGACUAAGAGAAUUAUAUGCCAUGGAUGUCAGCAGAGCCACUUCUGUUACUGCCUCCAAUAAGUCAUCUUUACAAGAGUCCUGCCAAAUAUCACAAAACCUAGACAUUAUGAAGGAGAAAGAAAACAAAGGGUUUUUCAGCUUUUUUCAACGCAGUAAGAAAAAGCGGGAGCAAACUGUAAGUGCCCCUGCAACCCCUCUAAUAAACAAGCACCGCCCAACUUUCAUGCGGUCGAAUACCAUUUCCAAACCGUAUGUUUCAAACACCUUGCCGUCGGAUGCACCCAAGAAGAGGCGGGCUCCGUUGCCUCCCAUGCCGGCAUCUCAGAGUGCUCCUCAGGACCUCGCUCUCAUCCAGGAGAGGCCAGCUUCCUGUGUAAUGAAAUCCAUGAGUGUGGAUGAAACAGCCAAGAGUCCGUGUGAAGCAGGCAUAGUGAGGACAGGCUCGCUGCAGCUCAGUAGCUCAUCCGUAGGGAAUUCAUCUUUGAGAAGGACUAAGCGAAAAGCACCUUCCCCACCCUCCAAAAUACCCCUGCAUCAAAGUGAUGAAAAUAGUCAUGUGACUGCCCUACAGUCAGUGGAUGGAGCUUCUCCAGACAGUGUUUUGGAAGCAAACUCUCCUCAGGGGACAUCCAGCCCAGAUUCCACUUCUUUGGCAGAAGCCACCCUUGGCGCUGGGCUCCCCAGUCAUGAGCAGUGCACUGUUCCCAAACUGAUGGAUGAAACCUCUCUCUCUGAGUGUCCUGGAACACCUGAGGCAGCCGUGACAUCAUUGACAUCUGGAAUAAGCUCUGAUUAUAGCCUGGAAGAGAUAGAUGAAAAGGAAGAACUGAAUGAAGUGCCUAAAGAUGAGGCUGAAAAGAUUUCUUUGAAGUCACAAGAUAUUCCUUUUAUAUCUACUAAUAUAAUAAAUACACUGAAAAAUGAUCCUGCCUCAGCCCUUGGCAAUGAUAGAAGAGAGUCCUCACAAAACUCCCAGGAAGAAAAACAAGAAACUAGCAACACAGAUGGACAAGGACCACACAAUGUAGUAUAUGAUACAAUCAAUGAAGAGAUGGUAGUUGACAGUGUAAGAAACUUGAAGUCUUUGGGCCCAAGCCAAGAGAAUGUUCAAAAUGAAAUAAUUGCCUUUCCAGUGAACACAGAAGAUAUGAAAAAUGGAGUGCAGAAAACAGAAACCAAUGUAGGAGGUGUUGCCAAAAAUAAUGAUGUGGACUUGGAAGUGGACAAACAGUCAAACUGUGAGGCACAUAAAAUUGAUACUACUAUAUGUUACAAGGAAAAUCAUCUAGUAGCUUCAUCAGUACGAGAUCAAAAACUGAAUCAACCCAGUGAAGAAAAGACAAAAAUGCAAGAUGCAGCAAUUCAGACAACCCCUUCCUGUAACAAUUUUGACAGGAAUCACAAAGAUCAUAAUUUGUCUGACUUUAAAGUUGAUGAAAGUGUGCAAACUUCAAAUAACAACAAAUCAACUCAGCAUUCAUCCUUCAUUCCACAAGAUUUUGUAGAUAACUCAAGAGAAUUCAGGAGUCAGGGCACCCUAAUUGUACAUUCAGAAGAUCAGCUUACUGUAAAAGAUCCAAUUUGUGCCCGUGGUAAUGAUGAUCUUUUGCUUCCUGUAGAUGGGAUUGAUAAAAAUUCAACUGCUUCUUAUCUAAAGAAUUAUCCACUUUACAAACAGGACUACAAUCCCAAGCCAAAACCUUCAAAUGAAAUUACAAGAGAAUAUAUACCUAAAAUUGGAAUGACUACUUAUAAAAUAGUGCCUCCCAAGUCCCUAGAAAUAUUGAAAGACUGGGAAUCAGAAUUCAUAGGGUAUAAAGAUGAUCAGGAGAUACUGACUUUAGGAAAAACACAUACUCAUGAGAAUGUGAGAGAAACUGCCAUCCAGACAGAAGACCUUGUGAUUUCUGAAGUCCCAAAGGAACCGCUGCCAGACCCUAAACCCAAGGCUACCUUGAGAACAGAGCCUCAAGUGCGCAGUGCUGUGAGCUCACCUGAUGGUACCAUGGCUAAUCCUCUGACACCUAUUCCCAGAAUGACUAGAGACACUGGCACAGCUCCUUUUGCACCAAAUUUGGAGGAUAUAAAUAAUAUUUUGGAGUCAAAAUUUAAAUCUCGGGUUUCAAAUCCCCAGGCCAAACCAAGUUCUUUUUUCUUGCAGAUGCAGAAGAGAGUAUCAGGUCACUAUGUGACAUCUGCAGCUGCCAAGAGUGUCCAUGCUGCCCCUAAUCCUUCUCCAAAAGAACUAACAAAUAAAGAGGUGGAAAGGGACAUGCUGCCUCCUCCAGAGCAGACUCUUUCUCCCUUAAGCAAAACAACUCACUCUGCUCCACAAUUCCAUAUUAAAAAAACUGAUGAUGACAUCAUCAGUCACAAGCCUGCUGAAACCUCUCCUCCUCCCAUACCUCCAAAACCUGUGCCUCUUCCCACUGCUCAGGUAGCAGCACUAAAUCUGAAGACUUUGAGAACUUUUGGUGCCCCGCGACCGUAUUCAACUUCUGCUCCUUCACCAUUUGCUCUUGCUGUAGUAAAAAGGUCACAGUCUUUCAGUAAAACGCGUACUGAGUCAUCCAGUGAGGGUGCAUGUGCCCAGCCUCCACCUGACACAGAGGAAGGGAAGACUUGGUCUGUAAAUAAAUCUGUGGACAUCCCACAACUUGGUGUGAUUGAUAAGGAAAAUAACUCUGCACAUAGUGCACAGAAUUCCCAAACACAGAUUCCAACUGACUGCCCAUCGUUCACCCUUAAGAGACAAAGUUCUUUAACAUUCCAAAGCUCUGACCCAGAACAGAUCCGACAAAGUUUGCUGACUGCAAUCCGCUCUGGAGAGGCUGCUGCCAAAUUGAAAAGGGAUCACUGGGAGGAGAACUUCAAGUUAACAUAUACCAUCAACACAAAAUUUAUAAAAUUCAUUGCUUUGUGGAAUCCACUUAAUUUUCUACAUGCUUCAAGGUUACUGUUCCAUCAAAUACAAUAUCUGUGAGUGGGAGGUCGAGACUCAGCCAUUCCAUGUACCCUGAUGCCCGGGACAGCCGUUAAAUGUUUCCCUGCCAUAUUGCACUUUCCCACUUCUACUUCACAGAUCAACCUCAUACUAAUGGAGAAUUUUGUCAAAUGUAUAUUCAGAUGUACACUAAUAUAUUACUAUUAAAGUAUAAAAAUGGUGUUAUGGCUUUUAAUGCCAAAAGAAG